UGGUUAGCCGAGCGGAUGUCAGUGCACACCUCGUCUAUACGGACCAGCCGCGCACUUCCUUGCAUACCCUGUAAGAGUAUUAUACGACCCACAAUAGAUGCCCGACAAAAUGGCGGACGAGAUCUAGGAAGUGGAUGGGAAAAGCGUGUUAUGGAAAACCAUUUAUUCACAGAGGACGUGGCCAAAGAAUAUGGGGCAAUUCAAGAACGUGAAAUAUAUCCACAACAAAAUCCAUCACCUCCGUACGACCAGCCACAACCAAACUAUGGACCACCACCCCAACCAGUUUAUGGACCACCCCAACCAGCUUAUGGACCGCCCCAACCAGCUGAUGGACCGCCCCAACCAGCUUAUGGACCACCUCAACCAGCUUAUGGAUCGCCCCAACCAGCUUAUGGACCGCCCCGACCAGCUUAUGGAUCGCCCCAACCAGCUUAUGGACCGCUCCAACCAGCUUAUGGACCGCCCCAACCAGCUUAUGGAUCGCCCCAACCAGCUUAUGGACCGCCCCAACCAGCUUAUGGACCACCCCAACCAGCUUAUGGACCGCCCCAACCAGCUUAUGGAUCGCCCCAACCAGCUUAUGGACCGCUCCAACCAGCUUAUGAACCCCAAUCACAUAACGCUCCACUACCAGGCACCAGCAGUUCACAGCCAUCACCUCCAUAGGACCAGCCACAACCAGACUAUGGACCACCACCCAAAUCAGGUUACGCUCCACUACCAGGCACCAGCAGUUCACAAGAAAUGAUUAUCCACCCGAUCGUCCGGCCACCCGAUUACCUAAUUCUGUCCAUUGUGUCUUUAUUUUGUUGCUUGCCCAUGGCAGUGUGUGCCCUCUUCUUUGUAAUUAAGUCACGCACACAAUCUGACGUUGGUAAUUUUAAAAAGGCGAAGAGGUCAGGUCAGAUAGCGUUGAACCUCGCCGUUAAAGCCAUCGGGUUCGGCAUCAUCAUCAACAUUCUCGUUGUCCUCAAGGCCACUUAUUACAGGUGAUUCUCCCAUUUCCGGAUCACUUCACCAAAAACUUUGAAUUCCAUCAAAAAUGCUUCGUAAUAAAUAGAGGAUAUUCAGCUACAUAGUUUAUAAAUGAGCAGUUAAUAUAAAUUGUAUUUUAAAGUAAAUAUUUACAUCUCCCCCCCCCCCACACACACACACACACCAAUAGUAUGUGGAUCAUUUUGUCCAGUUCCGGUUGCUUUUUGGAAAAUAUCGGCUAACGCCUUAAAAAACAACACAAUUUUACACUGGGGGGGGGGGGGGGGGGGGUGGGGGGGGAGGGGGAGGUCAGUUUGUUCAUAUCUCGAUGAAUGUAAAAAUUACGUCGUAAGGGAACGUCAGUUUAUAUUGCUAAUUUGUCUUACUGAGCGUUAUUGUUUAACCAAACAAAUAAUUUAAAAUCAAAUGUAGACUUUUAAUGUAUUAAUUAUGUAUGCAUCACUCAUGGGUGAUUUACCUUAUAGUUUCGAUGCAUUUAAUGAAGGAUAAUUAUGUUGUGUUUUGUUAUUACAUUGUUUAUUUCAUUAUAUGGAGAGUAAUAAUGUUUAGUGCUUAAUAGACAGAAGGCCACAAUGGAGAUUAGUGCCCUGCUAUUUGUGUAACUUUUAAAUAAAGAUUAUUGUUAUUGUUAUUA